AUGAAUGUCGAGUGUAUCGUCUGCGCAGCUACCCAUCCCAAGGGACCCCAUGUCUACGAUUUCGUCCAAGAAGCGGAUGAAGAUUUGUGUUGUCCGAUUUGCCUCUCUCCUUUUUUGAAUCCGACAGAUUUGCCAUGUUGUCAUACUUUUUGCCGAGCAUGUAUUCUUCCCUACUUGAGGAAGACGCCACACUGUCCGCAGGAUCGCAAGCCAGCUACAGUAACUGACUGUAGGGAUUCUUCUCUUAGUCUGAGGCGCUUGUGCGAUAAAAUGACAGUAAUCUGUCCAAAAUGCCAGUACCAAACGGAACGAAGUCUCCUCUCCGAUCACCUGGCAAAGUGCCGCCUCAAACCGCCGGAAGAAAAAACUGAAGCUCCCACCUCAAAAGCUGCCUUAUCUUCUCCAACGAAGCACAGGCUCAAAUCCGGAGAAAAUGACUUCGCUUACGAACAAAACAGCCGAGGCCGGGAAAGAUCGCGAGAUCGUCUGAAGCCGCAGCGUUGGAAGAAAAGCCGCGAUCGACUCGAUCAGCGAAGUAGAUCACGUGACCAGCUGAAUUCUGAUCGAGGAGGGAGAAGUCGGUCGAGAGAGAAUUUGGAUCAGGGAAGCUCUUCCUCAAGAAGGCAAGGUAGAAACAGAUCGAGAAGUGUUGAGAAUCUGGCUGGUCCAGAUCCAGCCAUCGACAUUGCAGCCGCGAUCGAGAGGGAUAUUGAAAGAAUUAACAUUUACCAAGAAAGUCGUCGAACAAACACCGACGAUCGAUCUGGCUCCAGACGUCCUGCUCCACCACCUCCAGCAGCAGCAGCAGCAGUUGCAGCAAAUCUAAAUACUUACACGGCGCCAGCUCAGCGCUCUCUUGUUGAUCGAUCGACGCGAAAUUCCAGAUUUGGGAGCGUCGACAAUCUCGCUCAAGUCGACUCUCGAUCCACACCCAAUUUGAACGACGCCUUCACUCUUGAAACUUCUGACGACUCGCUCGGAAGCAGCAAUCGUGGAUACUCAAACAUGGUCAUUCAAGCGCCGCCGACAUCGCCAAAGAUCGACAAAGUCGUUGACAUAAGAGUCCCUGUUUCGGAAUCAACUGGAACUUGCGGCGUUUGCAUCGUUGGGGGAUCUGACACGCCUUUGAGAGGGAUCUUUGUUCAGCAUGUUUUGCCUGAUACUGUUGUUGGUAGAGUAGGGUUGAUCAAAUCUGGAGAUAGAAUAAUGAAAAUCAACGGCAGAACAAUGGAUGGACUAAAUCAUUCCGAAGCGGUGACGAUUUUCGCCAAAAGCUGCGCGGAAGUCAUCGGUCGAGAAAAACGAGAACUGAUCCUCAGUCUUGUUCGACAAACCGGCUAUGAUAUUGAGGAGAAACACACGCUUACGAUCCCGAAAGCGCCGAAUCAGCAAGUUGGCGUCAAGUUGUACAAUGUCAUGGAUCGCGUGGUGAUUUAUGAAGUCGUUCCUGGAAGUCUAGCUUACCACGACAAACGUCUCCAAGUCGGCGACUAUCUCCUGAAAGUUGGCAACAUCGCUGUUCGGAGUUCCGAGGAAGCAGCAAAGGAAAUCUCCCGACUGAGAAAUCACGAUAAAAUUAAUUUAUCAAUAUCCCGCACCGCCCGGACGAUGAGCUCAAAUCCUGAUCGUCCCCAUUUGGUCAUUCCUGACCAAGUGACUGCUCGUCAAUACUCGACUGUCAAGAGUAAACAUAGGGAGAAAGUGAUUGUUGUUAGAAAACAACCGGGUGAAACCCUCGGUCUUGGCGUCGCCGGUGGACUGGGUUCGAUACUCGGCGAUUUGCCUGUCUUUGUGCUGGAGAUCUCCCGCUCGGGGAUUUUAGCACGCGACGGGAGGGUCAAACCUGGUGAUCUUAUUGUUUCAAUCAACAAGAAAAAGGUCGGAUCAAUGAGGCACAACCAAGUUGUUGAACUGCUUAAAGAUAUUGCCAAGAAAGAGAAGGAAAUUCAACUCGUUCUUUGCGAGUUCGAUUAUAAACAUCGAGAUCGAGAAGAAAUGGCUUCCUACCGAAACAACAUCUGGUCCCCUACUUGGCGGCACUGGCUGGCAUUGCCCCCAAAGUUCAUUAUUUAUCGCGAGACUACAAUAAAGCGUCAGGAUAUUCACGGCCUCGGACUGUCCAUUGUCGGCGGAGAAAGCGAGCCAGUGCUCGUGAAAUUUUGCUCCCCGGGCGGAGCCGCAGCGAGCGCGUAUUUACGCUCAGGUGAUGAAAUCCUCGCCGUAAAUGGAAACAAAAUCACCGACUCCAGUCAAGAAGAAAUAAGAGAUCUAUUAUCUGCCAACUCGGUGCGACUUACGUUCAUUUCCUGGCCUGGCUGUCUUGUUUAG